AUGCAUCCUUUUCUCUUCCUGACUGCCCUUUGCUUGGGAAUAGUCUCAGCUACUACAAAACUUGGCCUAAGUUUAGAUGCCCAAUGGAUCCAGUGGAAGGCAACAUAUGGGAAACUAUAUGAUGAGAAUGAAAGAUGGAGGAGAGUAGUGUGGGAGACGAAUAUGAAAAUGAUUGAACAGCACAAUCAGGAAUACAGCCAAGGGAAACACAGCUUCACGAUGGCAAUGAAUACCUUUGGUGACCUGACCAAUGAAAAAUUCAGGCCCAUGAUGAAUGGCCUUAAAAUCCAGAAGGACAAGAAUGGGAAAGUGUUUAAAAUACCCUUCUUUGCUGAAAUCAUUGGACCUGUAGACAGGAGACAGACAGCUGGUUUCAGUCCUGUGAGAUUUCAGGGUCAGAGUGCUUCUGGUUGGGCUUCUGGUGCAGCUGGUGCCUUCGAAGGACGGAUGUUCCGGAAAACAGGCAAACUUGUGUCACUGAGUGAGCAGAACCUGCUGGACUGCUCUUGGUCUCAAGGCAACGAGGGCUGCCGUGGUGGCCUGAUGGAUUAUGCCUUCCAGCAUGUUCGGAACAACGGAGGCCUGGACUCAGAGGAAUCUGAUCCAUAUUGUGCACAGGACGGAUCCUGCGAAUACACGCCCGACUAUUCCGCUGCCAACGUCACUGGCCUCAUGAACAUCCCUCAGCAGGGGGCGUCCCUUCUGGGGGCCGUGGCAGCUGUCCGCGCGAGCCUGGAUCCCGUCCGGUUCUAUAAAGAAGGCAUUUAUUAUGAUCCAAACUGCAGCAGUGAAGACCUGGAUCACGGUAUUCUGGUGGGUGUCUAUGGCUCUCAAGGAGAAGAACCCAAGAACCAAAAAUACUGGAAUGUCAAGAACAGCUGGGGCACGGACCGGGGCACGCAGGGCUACAUGCUGUUGGCCGAGGACCGGGACAACCAGUGUGGAAUCGCCACCAUGGCCCGCUUUCCUGUCGUGUGA